GUUUUAGGGUUUAGGGUCCAACGGGUGCAACAUCGGGUCACACACCGCGUUUUUCCGGUAUCGAAUACGUUGAGGUUAGGUCGGCAAGUUCAGAGUUCACCAAGUUCACGUCGACGCCAGCUUGGCCGCACGACUACCAUGUCAACCAUCAGCCGGCCUUCCGCUACGCACGUUAUCGCUCUGGGGCUAGCCUCUGGUCGUGUAUGGUGAAUCACUUGCGCCAGAAAUGAGAUCCGUUCCAUGGCACAGAACAGGAGAGAAAGGAACCCGAAAAGAUUGGAAAACGAAAAGUUCUUCAUUAAUCCACCUUUGAAUCGACCACGCGUGUGCGCGUAAAUUCCUUCCGCGAAUAUGCGUUACAGAUAAAAUGUAUUUGAUUUCGGGUUUCACGAGGAGGCGAUCGAGUUUAUUCCACUUCCGCGAUUGAUCGAUCUUGCCUGCGGAAAGGAGUAACGGGUUAAUUUCUUCGAUGUCGGCUAGUGGGGGAGUCGGUGGCGGCAGCCCCUGUGCCGAUCGGAUGAUGCCACUUUCGAUUCUGUUGAAGCGGGAGGUGUCUAGCGAGAAGAUCGAGAAGCCUGACAUUCUCCAUGGUCUUGCCAACCAGAGCAAGAAGGGUGAGGACUUCACUUUUCUCAAGACUGAGUGCCAGCGGGUGCCGGGGGAUGGCGUCACCACCUUCUCCGUAUUUGCGCUAUUUGAUGGUCACAAUGGAUCUGCAGCUGCCAUAUAUGCCAAGGAGAACCUCUUAAACAAUAUUUUGUGUGCCAUUCCUUCAGAUGUUAGUAGAGAUGAGUGGUUAGCAGCGCUACCACGAGCUUUGGUUGCAGGAUUUGUUAAAACAGAUAAAGAUUUUCAAACUAAAGCAAAAACUUCAGGAACGACAGUAACAUUUGUGAUUAUAGAUGGCUGGACGGUAACAGUAGCAUCAGUUGGUGAUUCACGCUGUAUUCUUGAAUCUGCUGAAGGUUCACUUUAUCUUUUAUCAGCAGAUCACAGGCUAGAUGAAAACAAGGACGAGGUGGAACGCAUUACCGCAUGUGGGGGUGAGGUUGGGAAACUAAAUCUUGCUGGUGGAACAGAGAUCGGACCUCUCAGGUGUUGGCCUGGUGGCUUGUGUCUCUCAAGAUCAAUUGGCGACAUGGACGUUGGUGAAUUCAUUGUUCCUAUUCCUCAUGUGAAGCAGGUGAAGCUAUCAAACGCAGGUGGCCGCCUCAUCAUCUCUAGUGACGGCGUGUGGGAUGCAUUGAGUUUCCAGUCAGCACUUGAUUUUUCUCGUGGCCUUCCAGCAGAUGUUGCUGCCAACAAAAUUGUUAAAGAAGCUGUGCUUGUAAAGGGACUUAGAGAUGAUACUACAUGUAUAGUUGUUGAUUUAUUGCCACCGGAGAAGAUAUCGCCUUCUGUUGCUCUACCUAAGAGGCAAGGAAUGAAGGGGUUAAAACAUAUGUUCCGCAAGAAGCCCGACGAGUCACCAUCUCAUCAUUUAAUUAGAAGUUAUUUUGAACCGUAUGCAGUGGAGGAAUUGUUUGAAGAUGGUUCUGCAGUACUUGCUCAGAGGUUAAACAUGGUAUAUCCAGUGUGCAACAUUUUCAAGUUACUUUUAUGUGCUGUUUGUCAGGUUGAGUUGAAAGCUGGUGAGGGCAUUUCGGUACAUGCUGGUUCAUCAAAAUCAGCAAAAGUUCGACCUUGGGAUGGCCCGCUACUUUGUCGUGGCUGCCAGGCUAAGAAAGAAGCUAUGGAAGGAAAGAAACCUUCAAGAGAUUUUUCUAGAAUGAGAGUUUGAUAUGAAAAUCCAUCUUCAACAGCAGAUUUGGUUGCGUCUCAUUUGUAGAUUAGUUCAAGUAAUUCGUAUUUUGCAAUCUGGAGAUAAAAAACAUUCCCUUAUACUAAAUCUUUGUCCAUGUCCGUUAUGUAUUAGUAGCAUGGUGAUUUCGUCCGCCCAACAUGAAUGCAUUUUUGGAUCAGAAUAGGCAUUUCAUUAAAAUGUAAUUUUGAGGGGUUAUGACGACAAGAUGCAUUGUUUUAGGUUUACUUCUCUUCAAUCCAACCUACGACUUCGGUCUAUCCAACCAGAAAUAUUUUUCUGCAAAGCAAGCUAUCUGGUGCCAAUUUUUAGAGGGGGUUCAUAGAUAAUUCAAUUCUUUCUAGGUUUGCCAUGUAAAUAUAAUUUUAGAGGGAAGAUUGAGAUAGCAAGGUAGAUUGCAUUGCAACUGCGUUCUUAGAAUUUUGGCAUGUAAAAAGCCAUAAAUGGAAGCGAAAAGACGAUAUGGAUUAUCCUUUCUCCCUCACAAGAGAUUCCAAUAUUUUCUGUUUUGUAAUUGUACGGAUCCUAUAAUU